AUGCUGAUCGGCUUUGCUUUACGCCACAGCGUCCGUGUCGAGUGGGCCUUGGGAGAGCGACAAAGCUGGGAUCUGCGCUCCUGCGAUGUUGAACGCACGCACUGCCCAAGGGCUUCGCUGUCUCGGACCUGUGGUGCUGAUUAUGGUAUUCCAACGCCCUUGCGGACCUGCCGGUACCUUGACUGCGCACAUUCCUGGACAGAAGCAGCAGAAUGCAUGUGCCAUAGUGAUCUGAGAACUGCUCGUCUGAUCCAUACGAUUUCCCGAUACCCCGAACAUCUAUGA